AUGGCCUUACAAGUUGGAGGGUUUAAUCUUCCUGGAUUACCUAGAUUACCUGAUGAGAUUCCAACUAAAGUUUUGUGUUUAACUGAGUGUCUGAGCUGGAAUCUCAAAUCGAGGUUGGAUAAUGAUGAAUUGAGCCCUGAACAAGUCAAUGAUGUUAAGGACUUCAUUGAUGACUAUGUGGAACGAAAUCAGGAGGAUUUUGAUGAGUUUGAGGAUGUUGAUAUGUUAUAUAUACAACACCUUAUCACUAGACAAAGUAGAAGCUCUAGAAGAUCUUGUUAUCAUGAAUCCCUUGGUCAUGUGUUUGUAUAUCAUUGGUCACGUGUUUGGGUGAAGGGUCUUGUUCAAUGCUUUAGCUGUGUUUGCUCUAAGGGAGAUCAACUUAUCAAAAGUAACCUUUUCAACAACAGCAUUCUACUUAAGCAGGUGACUAAUCAAGAUUAA